CUUCCUCAGUUUAAUGUGUCUUACUGCAACUCCUUUCUGUCUGUUGAUCCCAUCGAAAUUGUAGAAUUCUAUUAGCUUUACGUUUUUGCUGUUCCCAAUUUAGUACUUUUAAUAGAUUCUAUAUGGGUUCUUAUUGAGUUUUAGCAAGCUAUGUGUACAUUAAAACAAUUUUGGCGGUGCUUUUAACAAAAACUCUAUUUCCCAAAAUGCUUAGCGACCCAAACAGGAUAUCCGGUUUAUUCGCGUCACUUCGGCACACGUGGGACACAGCGAAGAGGAUAGCCCGUUGGAGUAGUUUUUCUCCCGAAAAAAAAACAAUCUAACGUUGUUUUAGGUUUUUUUUGACGCUGUUUGAAACCAGAAACCGUCAUCAUGUACCUGCAGUAUCACCUGGAUGAAAACGGAGAUAGAGUGUACACUCUGAAGAAAGUGGCACCGAAUGGGCAGCCCACCAGCUCAGCCCACCCGGCACGCUUCUCCCCGGAUGACAAGUUCUCACGACACAGGGUGACAGUGAAGAAACGCUUCGGACUUUUGCUCACCCAGCAACCCAUGCCUAUUCUGUGACCCCCAAGACAGGACCGGCGAGCAAACGGACCGAGGAUGUCAGAAUGCGUGGACUUUGGGCAGAUGUCAAGCCUUUUUUUUUUUUUUAUCCAUCCAUCACGUGUGAACAUUUUUCUUUUCCUAUUCUCAAAAUUGGUUGUGAUGAGUUGCAGGUGUGUUUGUAAUGAUAAAACCGUGGCCCUUCUUCAGUGUCAGGGUCAACGUUGAAUAAAAUCUGCAACAGUCA